UUUGGGGAUUUCCAUCAAUGUCGAAACAUUGAAAUAGUUUUCUUCUCCGAUCACUGAAGAAGAAAUCGAAAUUUAGAGAGAGAGAGAGAGAGAGAGAGAGAGAGAGAGAGAUGGAGAAGUCUGUGGUGACCUUUGACAAAGGCACGACCUGCUCUUCUUGGAACUACUGUGGCGAGAGAUUGGCUACUGGUUCAAUCGAUGGAACUUUGGCCAUUUUCGACUCAGUCGACCCGGCUUCUUCGUCAUUCACUUGCACUUCUACAUCCAGGGUUCAUGAAGUGAGCAUUGUGAAAGUUGUUUGGGUUCCUCCGGAAUAUGGGGAUGGAGUUGCAUGCAUUUGUGCCGAUGGAACUUUGUCAUUGUGGGAGGAGGUUGCUGAAGAUACGAAACCCCUUCAAUGGAAGCUUUGCAAAGACUUUGAGACAAGUUCAAAUCAAGUGCUAGAUAUGCAAUUUGGAGUCUCAUUCACAAGUUUGAAGUUGGUUGCUGCAUAUUCAAACGGCCACGUGAAAGUGUAUGAGCUCCUAGAUCCAUUGGAACUGAAGAAUUGGCAACUUCAGGCAGAGUUUCAGAAUGUUAUUGAUUCAGUCUCCAAAUUUGGAAAGGCUGCAUGCUUGUCUGCAUCUAUCUCUUGGACUCCACAAAGAGGUGAAAGCCAGCAAUUGAGCUUUGUUCUUGGUUUCAAUUCGAAUGUAAUGCAACUCAAUUCUGCCAAGGUUUGGGAAUUUGAUCAGGAUCAUCAAAGAUGGCUUCCAGUUGCUGAGUUAGCUUUACCUGAGGACAAGGGUGACCCAGUUUAUGUAGUUGCAUGGGCACCAAAUAUUGGCAGGCCAUACGAGGUAAUUGCUGUUGCAACGCACAAGGGAAUCACAAUAUGGCAUCUUGGAUUGAACCCUGGUCUUGAUGGAAGGCUCUCGGUGGGGAAGGUUGCGUUGCUCUCUGGUCAUGUAGGCGAGGUAGUUUGGCAGAUGGAGUGGGACAUGAGUGGAAUGACACUAGCAACUACUGGAAGUGAAGGUGCCGUGAGGCUGUGGCAAUCUAACUUAAAUGACAUUUGGCACGAGCAGGCAGCUUUUGAACCCACCACCUAGUCCCUGUUAUUCCGACUGAAUGAU